AUGACGCUGGAAGAAAAACAACAGCGACUAAUGCACUCGUUCCUGCGCAACUUUCUCGCUAUGGGAGAAAGUGGGCGCUUCCAGCAAGUGAUUGAUCUGCGUCAGCAUGGGAUUGACACGGGAAUUACAGUCACAGACGCGACACUACAAGAAGUAGUGCUCACAGUGCCGAACCUACGUGGCCUUAACCUCUCUGGCUGCUCGCACAUCACAGAUGCCGGACUCUGGGCUGUGGCCAGACACUGCCAAGCACAGCUCGACACUGUUUAUCUGGCUCAGUGUGACAAGGUGACAGAACUUGGGUUGCGUCUUCUUGCUCAUAAUUGCAGGCUUGUGCUGGUAGAUCUCAGUGACUGCCCACAGCUCAAUGACACCGCACUGCAGACACUAGCUGCAGGCUGCUGGAUGAUCGAGACGUUCAUAAUGAAGCGAUGUCGAGGAGUGUCGGAUGCCGGUGUCGUCAAAAUCGCCCAAUGUUGCAAAAAUUUACGUCAUCUGGAUGUGUCCGAGUGCUCUCGACUCGGUGAGUACGGUGGCAAGGCGCUCCUUGAAAUCGGGAAAUGCUGCCCGAAGCUACUUGUGUUGGAUCUAUAUGGUUGUCAGCACGUGCAUGAUUCGGGUGUCCGUGCAGUCGCUAAAGGCUGCCCGUUGCUGACCACACUCAGACUUACCGGCUGCCGAGACGUCAGCAGUAGCGCUAUUCGCGCAUUGGCGCAUCAGUGCGCACAACUGGAGGUCUUAUCACUUUCUGGUUGCAUCAAGACGACGAAUAGCGAUCUCGAACUGCUGGCUACCAACUGCUCGCAACUGACGUGGCUCGACAUCAGCGGCAGCCCGAAUAUUGACGCUCGUGGUGUGCGUGCACUGGCCCAAAACUGUACCUUCCUCACGUAUUUGAGCUUAGCAGCAUGCCAACGUGUGGGAGAUGCUGCACUGAGCGAACUUACCAGCGCAGGAGCUGGAGGACUCGCAAAGUCUUUAGGGGGGCUAUCACUCGCAGAUUGCCCUCGAAUCACGGAACAUGGGGUCGACGCGUGUACUGCUUUCUGCUCCAACCUUAUGACACUCAACCUCACGAACUGCAAGCAGAUCGGCAGAAGGUUUUUACAAAGACUCAUCACAAAGCUGGAGUUUGUGCAAUGGGCCACUAGCUUCUUCGGGUACGAACCACUCCCAAAUGCCGCCGAGCUUUGUCGCCAGCGCGAUCUCCACUUGCUACAACUACGAAGUGCCAUCAAAGUGCAAUCGGCAAUGCGCGGAUGUCUUGUUCGGGGUGGGCUGUGGCAGGCAAAACUCAAGUUUGUAGAGCGAAGGAUAUUACCGAAGGUGCAAGCACGCGUACGUGGGGUUUUAGUGCGAAAGCACAUCGCAGCGGGGAAGAGGCAUCAGCUAGAAGACCACGCGACAUGGGUAAUUGGCCGUGUCUAUCGCGGCUUGCAGGUUCGACGGAUGUUAAAACACGCCAAGCGAGUUCGUCAAAUCAGGGAACAUGAAGACGAAGCUGCUCUUAUUUUUCAGAAGAUUUUUCGCGGUUAUCGUGAUCGCAAACUCGUAGCGAACAUGCGAUACGACGUCUACUGCGAGCAGCAGUUCCGAUCUCGAUUGUUGGCCAUGCAGAGCUUGGCUGCCACGAAGUUGCAACGUGCUUACCGGGGACAUCGUGGACGGUCCGAUACCGCAAUGCUACGCUCAAUUAAACAAGCACAACGCCUUCAGCAUGAGCGAGAAGUUCGUUCAGCAGCGUACCUUCAAAGAGUAUAUCGAGGUCACAAAGGCCGAAUGAUUCGAGCUCAACGACUUGCAGAGUUGCUCCUCGAGAAACAAUGUCACCAGGGCGCCAUCAAAAUGCAAAAAGUAUUCCGUGGUCACCAAGCGCGGCGGCACGCGGUAAUUUUGCGAGCGGAAGCAAAUCAACUGCGGAUAUAUAACGCUGCUCUGACGAUUCAGAGGUACUGGCGAGGCAUUCGCGACAAACAUUUGGCUGCGGUACUGACCGGAUUAAUCAAGCUGCGUGCCCGUGAGAACGAGGCUGCCCAUUCAAUUCAGGCCGCUUAUCGUGUGCACGCCUCCCGAGGAUUCAUGAAGGCGAUGAAGUUGGCUGUAGCGUCACAAUUGAGACGAGUGAAAGCUGCAACCGAUAUUCAAUGCUUGAUACGAGGUCACCGUGGACGAGCUGAGGCGGAGCUGUGGCGAGAGUUACAGCGCUUCCGCCACCAAGCAAAGCCGCUGUUUGCGAAAGAAUCACGCUUGCAGUCUCUGGCGGUUGAUUUAAAUGAUAAAGUGGAGCAGCUACAGCGCAAAAUUACUGUUAACGAAGCCGACGAGCGCUCAUUGAUGCUAGAAGUCGAGAAAACGCUUCAGAUUAAUUCGAAAUAUCACGACUCAAGCCGGAUCACCGGCACACCGCAACGCUAUCUAACGCAAUACCUUCAAGUGCAGCUUGCAGACCAGCUACGAGCAAAGCGAACCGAAAUCGCACUCGAUGAGCAGGUAUUCGAGACAUUGACGACAAAUAUGAGUGACACUCAGAAGCAGUUGCGAGGCAUUAGGCGACAACUCGAACCACUAACUCAGGGUGUCAUCAAGAAAACUCGCGAAAAUCGGGUGAAGCGACUUCAAGACAAGGUUCGUCAUGAACGCCGCGCAGCAAUCACAAUUCAGAGGUUAUUCCGGGGCUUUCGAGUAAGAGCCGCAGUACGAGAGGGUGGCAAUUGCUGGAUUCAAAUGGUAUCACCCGAUAAUGGCCGGCCCUAUUUCUACAAUGUGCUGACAGGUGCUACUCGCUGGCAUCGCCCAUUAGCAAUGGACAUCUUUAGAGAUGAAUUUGCAGAGCCCAUGACUGGGUCUACUGAAACGAUGAGCUUGCGCCGUUCAGCUCGCAGCACCGGAACCUCUCGAUCGCUUCAUUGGCAGUAUCGAUAUGGAUACGAAUACGAUGCUAACGGUAACCUUGUCACGAGUUCGAGAUCUCAGCCACGACCUAUUUGGACCGAGUACACCGAUCCAGACAAUGGCAUGGCCUACUACUUCAACGCACUCACCAGCGACUACCGAUGGGAAAAACCUGAAGAUUUCGAGAUCAGCUGCGACGCAUUCGGCAGUGGACGAAGUGCAACUUCCUCCGCUCGUAAAUGGUUCGAAAUGGUCCACCAAAAGGUUAAUGACGAUGGUAGCAAUUAUCUCACACCUCAAUCAUCAAAGUCACGCACCCUUGGUAAGAAGUGGGUCGAGCAUAUCAAUCCUGAGACUCAAUACACAUACUACUACAAUGAGGUGACAGGGGAAUCGAGAUGGUCUCUAUCACCUCGUAGCGCUCGAGACACUUCCGAUACGGAAGAUCAAAUCUCUUUGGCUCUGUUUGCACAAGUGAAGCAGCUUCGUCAGUCUCCGGUGCCAUAUACGUCGCGGGACCAGCAUAUGAGCUGGUUAGAAGCAGCUAUCAUUGGGAAGGACUGGAUAAAAGCUGAGGCGAUCGUCCAGCAGAUUUUCAUUCGUGAGCAGAGCCAGGUAGUGACCGAGCGGAAGGCAAGAGAGGAAGAAGCGAAUGGUGCCACUCAAUGGCAAGAGAGGCAGGACAGUAAUUGUACAACAUACUACUACGACCUCAUGACUGGCGAUACGGCAUGGUCAAAGCCAACAUGA